UAGUACUUUGAGGAAGCCGAGCAGACAUCUCUGGAUCAAACCCGUCAAGUCGCCGACUUCCUUCGCGGCUUCGUCCUCCGGCAGGUGCCAGCACGGCAGCACCGCCACUUCGCCAGGAGCCAGCACCGUAGCACGCCUUGUUAGUCGUCGCCUACUCGCCACACGCCCGUCUCCCGGUCUCCCGCUCUCCACCACUCACCCUUAGGCGGUUCGGCCUACCCGGCCAUCUCAAUAUCCGCCUUCCGACCUUCCCUAGUUCCAAUAGACUGAACAAUCGAUCAAUGGAAGAGGUCGAGCAGAAGACGCCGGUAAUUUUUAAAGACAUUAGGAGAUACUGCUGCAAGUUCUGUGGUAUUAUCCGUUCCAAGAAAACACUCAUCUCUUCUCAUAUCCUUUCCCAUCACCAGGAUGAGCUCAAAUCAAAAAGCGAAUCUGAAGAUUCGGAUGAAAAGUUGCCAAAAAUUCACACAUGUGAAGAGUGUGGCGUGAAGUUCAGGAAAUAUGCCUAUUUGAAGCAGCAUAUGCAAAGUCAUUCCCCUGAGAUUGAGAUUUAAAGGUUUAAUUGAUUAUCCAUGAUCAGAAGUGUGAAGCAUUGGAUCCCAUUCAAUGAACUCCAAAAUGCGCAUGGCAUUCAUAUGAUCUUGAAUGGAAUAGUACCAGGCAGGGGGACCUCCUGAGAAGCUCCAUCAAGUAGGCCUGAAUCACGCUGUCUUCUUCCGAGGCCAUUCACUUGCCCAAUAGAUGAUUGCAAGUCUAGCUACAGAAGGAAGGAUCACUUGACUAGACAUCUCCUUCAGCAUAAAGGCAAGCUGUUUGAUUGUACGGUUGAUGGUUGUGGCCGUAAAUUUAGUUACAAUAGUAAUGCUAAGCGUCAUGUACUGGAGAUGCAUGACCAGUGUUCUGCAAGUGAUGAUGCUGAAGCACCAAAGCAGCAGCAGGUGUGCACUGAAGUUGGCUGUGGAAAGUCUUUCAAGUAUCCAUCCCAAUUAAAGAAACAUGAAGAUUCACAUGGUGUGCCUCGCUACUAAAGAAUAUUAUUAUCAAUUAAAGAAACAUGAAGUUUCUAAGCGCUUGACUCGUGAACUCUUUGAUUUGCUUAUUAGCUUCAUCAGCCAGUUCUUUUACCAAAGUUAACUUAUUUCACUAUGCUGUCUGAAUCGCUGAUGAUGGAAAACACUGCAUGCGUUACUGGUUUGGCUGGAAUUGUGAAGUUAGAGACAGUUGAAGCAUUUUGUGCAGAACCUGGGUGCUUAAAGCAUUUCACUAAUCAACAGUGCCUUAAAGAACACAUUCUGUCCUCCCACCAACAUAUUGUCUGUGAGACAUGUGGAACAAAGCAACUAAAGAAGAAUAUAAAGCGUCAUCUUCGAACGCAUGAAGCUCGGCCUUCGUCGGAGAGAAUCAAGUGCGACUUUAAGGACUGUGAGCGUACAUUUGCAACAAGAUCAAAUCUAAAUCAACAUGUGAAAGCUUUUCACCAAUCACUGAAGCCAUUUGUCUGCAGUAUUUCUGGCUGUGGUGCGAGAUUUUCAUUUAAGCAUGUGAGAGAUAACCAUGAAAAGUCUGGAUGCCACGUUUACACUGAAGGAGACUUUGUAGAGUCUGAUGAGCAAUUCCGUUCAAAGGAAAGAGGUGGUAGGAAAAGGAAGUUUCCUGUUUUGGAGACUUUGAUGAGUAAAAGAAUUGUCCCGCCUAGAGAUACUGAUCCUAUUCUUGAGCAUGGUCCAGAAUACUUGGCGUGGUUGCUUUCUGCUGGGUCUCAAGAUGAAUCCUGAGUUGUCUUUGGUCUCUCCUGUUAGAGGAUAUAAAUGUAUUUAUGGGUGUUAAAGGGUUAUCAUGUGAGGGUUUGAGGAUUACAUGAGUUACUUUUGGUGUGAAGUAAAAAUGUGUUCAUAAUUUUAACUUUUAAACUAUAAAUGCAAUGUCAAUGAAGCCAUAAUUGUACGCAUGGAAGUAUAUUAAGAAGCUGUUCCGUUCGUCUUAAUCUUA